GCGAGGGACACCAGCACAGCGCAAUGGCAUUUACCAAUCUUCUCCUAACCCUCUGCUUGCCUUUUGUAAGCGCCGUCGCGUACGGUCUCUAUGCGCUCUACCAACACCGGUCCAGAAUCAACCGGCUCCGCAAACAAGGCAUUCCCAUGCCAAAAGGAUGGAACUGGCUAACAGGUCACAUCUUCGUGCUUUCUGACUAUGUCAAUCGUCUGCCCGCCGAUGCUAACGUGGCGCUUGCUACGCAAGAGUUGGCAUCGGAAUUUACCGACACGGAGAUCUUUUUUCUGGACGUAUGGCCGGUGUCCCCUGCGCAGUACUUGGUAUUCAAUCCAGAAGCAGCGUCCCAGGCGACAACUAAAUUGAAUCUUCCCAAGACUGUCAUCCAGCCUCGGUUCAUGGGACCGAUCACAGGUGGGCCUAGUAUGAUUUCCAUGGGAAACACUGAAUGGAAGGCGUGGAGAUCCGUCUUCAAUCCAGGUUUUAGCGCAGGUAGCAUGCAAGACCUACUACCCGAAGUUAUCAAGUCAGUCGGGGUUUUCUGUGACAAGCUGCACGAGAAAGCGAAUUCUGGAGAAUUGUUCGCCCUGGAUGACCUCACUACGCGAUUGACCAUGGACGUCAUUCUCAAAGUAACCUUGGAUGCGGACUUGGACCAUCAGAAUUCUGAUAAUAUCAUUGCAACCGCCCUUGGGCAUAUCACUAGAUGGCACUCGUUUUGGGAUCCCCGUGUACUGGCACAUCCACUGCGGCCUCUCAUUCAACGAUACUAUGGCCGUGUCAUGAACAAGUGGAUUCGCAAAGCACUGAAUCAACGCUUCUCCGAGAUAAAGCAAGCUGAUAUUUCUUCUGGCUCUAAGCGAGCAAAAUCCAUCAUCACACUAGCCUUAGAGGCGUACCUAGAUAAUAAAAACAAACACAUCUCACAAGCCACCAAACUGGACGACCACUUUGCAGAAUAUGUGACGUACCAGAUUCGGCUGUUUCUCUUCGCUGGAACAGAUACCACUGCCAGCAGCAUUGCCUAUGUGUAUCAUCUACUGGCACAAGACCCUGAAGCGUUGGCCCGUGUCCGGCAGGAACAUGAUCAAGUCUUUGGGCAGGAUCCCGCUACUGCAGCACAGCUACUCCUUGAACAGCCUGCACUGCUCAACCAAUGCUCAUAUACAAUGGCAGUGAUCAAGGAAACCCUCCGACUCUAUCCUCCCGCGGGUACCAUGCGCCAAGGCAGCGAUGGCCUGUCUCUGACCGAUCGGCAUGGCAACACGUAUCCUUUGAUGGAUGAUAUCAGCAUCGUCGUUCUACACCAGCCCAUCCAUCACAACCCCAGGGUAUGGCCACGCGCGGCAGAAUUUCUGCCUGAGCGGUGGCUUGUUGAUGCAGGCCACGAGCUUUAUCCCGAUCCGGGCUCAUAUCGCCCGUUUGAGCAAGGUCCGCGGAAUUGCAUCGGUCAAACCCUCGUUAACAAUGAAAUGCGAGUAGUUCUCGUUAUGACAGCCCGUAAAUUUGAUAUCAGACCAGCUUACGAUGAGUGGGAUGCAAUGAAUUCAAAGCAAGAAGGAUUCAUGGGUAGAUGCGCUCGAUCUAUGGGCUUGCAGGACAGGAGACCUAAGCUGGUAAAUGGGGAGAGAGCGUAUCAAACCGAGAAAGCCGGAACUCAUCCAGCAAACGGAUACCCAUGCCGUGUUACUCUCGUCGGAUAG